GGGAGAAACAUGGCCGGGAGCAGUGAAGCGGCGCCAGGCCACGGGCGAGGCGUAGUGUUUAUGAACGAUUGUCCAGAGUAUGGCUUGAAUUUAUUUAUAUACGCACAGCACUAUUAUGGAGAUUUGGAAUAUUUCUUCAUACCUCAUGGCAUCAUUGUGGACCGAGAAAGUAAUGUAUCAGAGGCUAACCAGUCUGUGCACAAUUUUAUUUCCCAGCCAGUGGUAACGUUUUGGGAACAGGAUAUUAUUGAAUAUGUAGGAUGCUGUGAACUUAGGAUCCUGUGUGUGCUUAAAGGAGGUUACAGGUUUUGUGCGGAUCUUAUAGAACACAGUCAAAAUUCAGAUAGAUGUCUCUAAGUUGAUUUCAUCAAACUAAAACGUUACAGGAACGACCAGUUCAUGGGCGAGAUGCAGAUGAUUGGAGGCUAUGGUCUUUCGAUACUGGCAGGAAAGAAUGUCCUCAUUGUUGAGGAUGUUGUUGGAACAGGGACCGUGAAAGCGCUGCUCAGCAGCACAGAAAAACACAAGCCCAACAUGAUUCAGGUGGCCAGUUUGUUGGUGAAGAGGACACCUAGAAGUCAUGGCUUUAGACCUGACUAUGCUGGAUUUGAGAUUCCAAACUUAUUUGUGGUGGGUUAUGCCUUAGAUUACAAUGAAUACCUCAGAGAUCUGAAUCACAUACGUGUGAUCAAUGAACAAGGCAAAGAAAAGUAUCGAAUCUAAAGAAGUAAAUUCUCUCCAGAUAACAUCAUACUUACAACUACAUUCAGGAAGCCACUGUGUGAAGUUUGUCUCCCCAGGCAUCCUCACUCAACAGGGCUGUUAUUAUCUGCUUUGACAAAGCCUUUCUGAGCCACAGCAUCAAUGAAUGUUAAUGAUGUUAUGAAAUGAGCCUUGCUCAGUGCUCUUGAUUGGAGCUUCCGGCAUGUGAUAACGGUAUGUCAUGGAUGCAUGGACGUACUCAACUGUGCUUAAUACUCUGAAUUUUAAUUAGAAAAAAUACAAUGGCAGCACGGCCCCGGUUUCUAAGUGGCAUCCUUUUAUUCAUGUGGGACAUGAGCAAAUGGCAGAAUUUGGAGGAGGGGCAAGUGUUUUCAAUGCUCAAAACUAAGCAAGAAUAAAUUUUUCCUCUUACUUGCACCAAAGGAAAAAAACAUUAUUAUGUGUUAUCCUAAACAGGAGCACAGAGGUUGAAUUAUUAUUUUAAGUGUCCUUUUAAGACUG